AUGCCAUCUCCACGACUCGCCGACUAUAUCGAGCGGCUCAUUCCCGCCGACGACAAGUCUUCAAACCCCUCUGACCGACCAUUCAAUAAUGGUACCGCUCGAGAUCCCCCCCUUCUUCGACCCCAAGGCGUGAACCACAUCCUACUCUAUCCAGGAUCCUUUAACCCUCCCCAUCAAGGCCACCUCAACCUCUUGAAGUACACCUUUAUGAAUGCGGGUGCUGACCUCAACUUGGUCGCUGCUAUCAUCGUCCCCUGCAGCGACGGGAGCGUAAAGGGUAAGAUGGAACGCCGCGGCAACGAUAUGGUAUUCCCAAAAGAGAAGCGCAUCAAGCUUUGGCGUGGCAACGGCAUCCCCGUCGACUGGGCCUGGAUUUAUGACGGCUCUGAAGAUUGGCGGGUCUUUAGAUCCCGCCUUACAAACGCGGUACGCAGUAAAGGCAUGGAGUUGAGCUUCGUCAUACUCCAAGGACCGGACAUCAUAAACACGGAGCGGGGCUACUGCCCCAGCGGAUGGGACUGUGCCAAUUCCAUUACGACCGACAUCUCACGUGCUGUCGAUUUCCGUUACCCUUCUACCCUCCGACAAAUUGGAGGCUGUACCCCUUGGAAGAAGCUCAAUGUUGAUCGAUAUUCCAUCGAGCAGCGAAUCCGAGCCAAGCUCAAGGGAUCCCCAGAAUCAGUCAUCGACGAAGCCGUCACCAAGGCCAUGCAGAACCUGGAUACCAUUUGGGUCUGCAUGCAGGUUUAUGACAAGCCUAAUGGCAUUGUCCGCUUCCUCAAAAGCGACCUGAGCAAGCAGACUGCAGAUGCACCCAGCUCUACCAAGAUUCGUGCUAUCAUCGACAGUUCCCCCCCAGAGGAGCUUGAGAAGAAUCUCCAAGGCAUCGCCCUCCACCCUGACCUUUUGGUCAAGUACUUGAAGGAGCUUCCGAAAUCUGUCAAUUGUGCCGAAGCUGCCAAGAAGGUCAAGCCUGUUGAGUCCCAGGAGGUGUGCGAGUGGGAGUGCAGUCUGGACUCUCCCAUCGACUGGGGCGAUUAUGAAAAGACCACCCCUGAGAGCGACUGGUAG